AUGUUUGUGGAGAUUCUUGGGGAACUGUCGCUGCAGGAGGAAUCGGUUAAUGGAGUGACUGAAAAUGUUUUCAGGAGAUACAUAUUCCCUCAAUAUCCGUCCUUUGCGGAUAAGCUAUUCGCAUUUCUGCAUCGGCAGUCGAAAGCAACAGUAGGCCACCUCGGUAUAUCCGCUUUUAAACAACAAACCGAAAGAUUUCUCUCCCUAAUGAAUGACCAGACUAUUUUGGAGAGUUACGUCAAGAUGUAUGCAAAGGAAUGCGCAGACAUUACUCCAGAGGGAUUGAAAGACCUACUCAUGGUGACCUAUCAGCUCGCACUGGACAGUGCUACCGGCAAGCAACAGCACUGUACACAAAUUCAUCGCACAAUCGACGCCGUUACCACAUCUUGCUUUCAUGGCAAAGAAGUUCUCUCCGUGAGUUAUGUGAGCAACUGGUUAUGGCAGCAUUGUCCUCGACUGUUGAACGGACUACAUCGUUACGUUGUUCAUGUUUUUACAACUGCGUACCGAAACGGCCCUGCUUUGCUCUCCGAGGUUCAAUCGCAACCACAUUUGGAACCAGCCACUCCAGUUCUGGAGCAAUCGGUACAGCUCGAUGGACCAAAACCUCUCCUGCCACUUAGUCAUGUUUGGCUACUUUCUGGCAGUCUACCACCCUGUUACACCCAGACUGUGGCUUCACCUACGGACGGUACGCAAGCCCUGAUAGCAAAAAUGGCGGGAGCAACCUAUCCCAGUCAUUGGACUCUUCUUUAUAACAGUGGACAACACGGAUCCGGGGCAAAUAGGUUCAUACACCAUGUGCUUGGCUACAAAGGACCCACUCUGCUGUUUCUGAGAGGUGUGAGUCCCGAGGAAGGAGGUGAACAACCUACAUACUGCAUAUGCUCCGCAGUCGAGUGGUGCGAGACUCAUCAGUAUUGGGGUGACGAAGAUUCCAUGGUUAUAGAGUUAUUGCCCAACUUUAGAAUUGUGGAAAAAGGGCCGAAACUAGUUUACUUAAAUACCAUAAUUCGUGGGUACCCGCAAGGCGUGCGGGCUGGCAGCGAUCCAAGAAAUCCUUGCGUUGAUCUUGACAAAUCGUUUCAAUGGCUCAAACUAGCCGGUGUACCGUAUCGCCUCGACAGUCUCGAAGUUUGGGGAUGCGGAGAUAGAAAAUCCAGAGAAGUACAGUUGGAAAUUAAGAAGUGGCAAGUUAAAGAAGCUGAAAGGCAAAGGGUGGUGAAGAUGAGUACAAGUGACUGGUUAGAUCAUCCGGAUAGAUACCUCCUUGAACUGGGUGGAAGAACUACAUAUAAUAAUGCAGUACUUAACAUAAUUCUUAUGGACGCAAUCAACUCAUUAAUUAUCGACGAUGUACUUAAUGACCUGGUAUCGGACAUUCCCUGCAAGAGUGACACUAUUUUGCUCUGCAUUUACAACAAAGAUUGGAAUAACAAGUUGUUUUAUAUUAUAGAAGAUGAGACUCUGUCCUCGGUAGUUCCGUCCUUGAGAGAACAGGAAGAGUUGAUUAAGAAGGUUCUAGAAGUUUGUGAGCAGGUGAAAUGUAUCAAGUCUCAGAACUCUCUGUCCAAGUGGGACAGGUACAGUAGUAGGUAG